AUGAACGCGGAGGGCAUGUCGGCCGCCGUCCGCGACCUGGCCGCCCUCUCCACGCGGCUCCUGCUCCACCUCGGCAGCGACAAAGCCAACCUGGCCCUCUCACCGCUCUCCUUCCACUCCGUCCUGGUGCUUCUGGCCGCCGGUGCCACGGGAACCACCCUCGACCAGAUCGUCUCCUUCCUGGGCACCUCCGGCAGCACGGCGCAUGCAUCCCUCGCCUCCCAUGUAGCCUCCGGUAUCCUCGCCGGCGGGGAAACGGACGCGGAGCCCGACGUCCGGUGCGCGGUAGGCGUUUGGGUGGACUCGUCGCUCCGGCUUAGGCCCGCCUUUGCAGACAAGGUCGCCUCCCAGUACAAGGCCGUGGCUCGAGCCAUGCCUUUCAAAAAAAAGGCUGAGGAGGCGAGAGUGGAGAUCAACCGGUGGUUCGAGGACAAGACGGGCGGCCUCAUCACAGACCUCAUGCCGAACGGCCACCUCGGCAGCAACACCAUCCUCGUCCUCGGCAACGCGCUCUACCUGAGAGGCAAAUGGCUGGACCCCUUCGACCGGGACAACACCAGGGACGGCGACUUCUUCUUGCCAGGGGACGAGAGCAGUACUCCUCUGCGCGUGCCGUUCAUGGCGAGCAAGAACAGCCAGCGCAUCAGCUGCCAUGCCGGCUUCAAACUCCUGCAGCUGCCCUACGAGUGCCGCGGCAACCACCAGUACAGCAUGCACAUUUACCUCCCCGACGACCGCGACAGCUUGCAGGCUUUGGUCCGCGAGCUCAGCUCCGACGUGGCCGGCCUCCUGGACCGCUGCAUCCCUCAACAGAGGGUCGAGGUGGGGGACUUCAGGAUCCCCAAGUUCAAGGCGUCCUUCAAGAUAGAGGCGUCAGACCUUCUCAAGGAUCUGGGGCUGGAGCGCCCGUUCGUCUUUUCACGUGACUUCGCGGAGAUGGUCGACUGCUCGGAGCCCCUCGCGGUGGGCAGCGUGCUUCACCAGUGCGUCGUUGAGAUCGACGAGGAUGGGACCAUGGCCGCCGCCGCCACCGAAGCUGAUCUCAUGUUUGGGUGCUGCCUCGAGGAUGAUGAGGAGCCUGAACGUGUCGACUUCGUGGCGGACCACCCGUUCCUGUUCCUCGUCACCGAGGAUCGGAGCGGCAUUGUGCUUUUCGCAGGGCAGGUCGUCAAUCCUCUCCUCUAG